ACGAUAUUGUUAAUGUUCGUUUUCCCUACGAAAAUAGUAAUUCAUGCUUACGAGUACUCCAUCAAUGUUGGAACUGUGUUAUUCUCUCCUUCGGACAGACGUAAGACUCAUUGGAGUAAGACUGAGUUAGGGCUGAUAAGAGCUCGACGAUAUUUUCAGGAACUGCUACCUCCGCCAAGUUUCAUAGAUACAUCAAACGAGGAUUACAUACACACGCUGCUCAAAUACUUCAAAGACACCUAUGCUACCAUCAAAAGAGAAGCAGAAUGCCCAGUCUCUGACAACCUAAUGACAACAGCAUUCUCUGAUGCUUUGGGAGGCUAUCUAAAACUUUGGGUGCUACCUAUUUCAAAACUAUCGUUCUACGGAGGAACUGUGUCCCAGGAUAACAUUGUAAAACUUUACAAUUUUCACAAUGAGAUCAAAAGGUAUAUGGGGACAGAUGGUGUAGGCUGGCGGAGUCCUGAUAAGAUUCUACUCAAGUCUAUAACGAUAAACAUUGCUCCACCACGACAUAUAACUAGAAGUAUGAAGAAUGCGUGUCAGCAUCUAGCGUAUUAUGAGAAAACAGAUCAUGGUCUAUCUAUUCCUACCCCUCACAUUGAUUGGGAAGACGAUUCACACACAAUGUUUGUGCCUCUUCGCAACCAGUCAUUGAUUCCUCUUGAUUCACCUAAUUACCCCAAUACCUUAUUCAAAUACUACGAUGCAGCCAAAAACUGUAUAGACGAGAGUAACAAUGCUGACCAAGCAGAAUUCGAUGAUAGAUUUCAAUCAUGGCUGAGCUCAGAUGUCGUGCCGCAUCUCAGUGAUGAGAACGUCUAUUUACCUCUGGGCAGUGUACUGACGUUAGUCAACAAAUCGAGGGCCCUGUGUGACAGAGUCUUGAAUAUUUACGAUUCCAAAAUCAAACCGACAAAUCGCCACUACGUGUUAUUUGGUUUCCCUAUAGAUUUCACCUCAAAGAAAACCUGGAUCAUUGGAUUGAUAUUGUUUCUUGAGAUCGCCUGGUGUAUCCCAGCUUUAAUUUACUUGGCAUUUGCAAGAAAAAAGAAGAAAAAGCAGCAGAACAACAUCUACACUCUCCUGGACGCUUGCCGAAAUAAAGCAAAGAGGACCAAAAAUGACAAUGUAUUUCAAGGCAUCUCAUACAAAAUGAAACAUCAAAAUCAAGGAUUCAAGAUCGAAAAUCGGCCACGUUCAGAAAACCUUGAAUUAGAAUCUCAUUUCAUCCCAUCUGAUUCGCGGGGCUCCAUCGCCACGGACACAAGAUCAUAUUUCGGGUCGAAUGCUUGUUCCGCUGUGAGCGUGAUCCAUGAGACUAGGCCACCGCCGUUAAAGUCGUCAUUGAAGAAGAUACGCAGCUCACAUACAGCUCCCAUACAACAAACUGUAUCAAUGAAGCAGUCAAGGUCAGACAGAACCUGCGCCUCGGGAAAGAGGCCGUGCAAUUGCAAAAAAUGCACUCCACAGCAGAGUGCGACCACCAACAGCUACAGCACUAUCCCAACGGAACUAGAGUUGGAAGCUGAAGUUGGGAGUGAGAUAACCAUCGUGAAUCAGGAGAACAAAGCGCCUGAGGUGUGCUUUGACAAGAAUGUGGCGAUAAAUAUGGACGAUGAGGCCAAGCCGGAUAAGAAGUGCAAAAACGUGGGACUGAGGCUAGAAUCUGGUCGGCCUUACUUGGAGAUAAAGAUUGAUAAGCCGCAGGCAGAGAUAAGCGUGGGGAUUGGGGGCAUAUUUGAUCCUUUGAAGGGUAUAAAGCGGAGCAAGAUCCCGAAAAGGCUUCCGAAGACGAGCACUUGUCAGAUGACGAAUACACCACCGUCACCUCCAAGAAAAGAGUCCCCUCCGCCAAAGAUGAAGAGCCAAAUACCUCAGCUGAAGAAAAGACCUGUAGAUGACAUUGACGUGCAACUACGUAGGCCUUCGAGCAGGCGUAAAGAUAGUAAACUAAAUGUAACUUUGUAAUUUUAGCUUACGUAUAGUGUAAUCUUAUUUUGUAUUGGUGUUAAUAUAUUGGU